AUGCCUCGUUCUUCUCGUACAGGCGUAUUAGUUUUUGAUCCAGAAAUCGAGAAGACCACACGAAAGUUGAAGAAGCAAGCUAAGGAGUGGAAAAAGAGAUCCAAUUCUGCUCCACCGAGUCUUGAGGAAAUUGAAGAUCCAAUGGGUGACCGUAAUAAUAGGGAUGAGGAGAACGAUAGAGAGAUCGUUGAUCCUCGACAGGAACCACCUCAACUGAUCAGAGAGUUAGGCCGUCAUAGAAGCAAUCGCCCUUUGUGCAUUGUCCUUCCUGCCAUUAAUGGCAACGCUGAAAUACGGCCUGGUUUCAUUCAAGUGCUACCCAAAUUCGGUGAUUUACCUGGAGAGAGUGCACACAAGCAUCUGGCUGAAUUUGAUCUAGUUUGCUCAACUCUACGCCCUCAUGGUUUUACUGAAAAUAAUUUGAGGCUAUUGACUUUUUCUCAUACUUUGCAGGGUAGAGCGAGAGAUUGGCUUUUUGAUCUUCCUCCUGGUUCGAUUAGAACUUGGGGAGAUUUAGAAGAACAAUUCUUGCGAAAAUUCUUUCCUGAGUCCAGAGCUGCAAAUUUGAGAAUGGCCAUUAGCAGCAUUAAACAGAAGAAGGCGGAGAGUUUAGCCGAUUAUUGGGAGAGAUUCCAACAGCUGUGUCGCAAGUGUCCUGAUCAUGGAUUUUCUGACUACCAAUUGCUUACUAACUAUUUUUAUCGUGGUAUGUCUUCUUUUGAUAGGAAAAUUAUUGACGCUGCUUGUGGUGGAAGCUUGACCAAUAAAACUUUGGACGAAGCAAAGCAACUCAUCGUUGACAUGGUUUCAAAUGGCCAACAAUAUGAGGAUGAGGAUGAUGAUCGUUAUAGGCCAGUGCAGAAAGUAGAAGAUUCCAACAUGAACGAGAGAAUUGAUGCUCUCACCUCUUUAGUUAGAGGACUUGCUGUCUCUAAAACUCAACACGUUCAAUGUGGAAUUUGCUUUGAAAAUAAUCAUCCUACUGAUGCAUGUCCAUCUCUGCAGGAUAAUAAUACUGAGCAAGCGUGCAUGGGAUCCGCUGAUGAGCAAGAGAUGAAUGCACAAAGGCAAAGGCGAAACGACCCUUUUUCCAACACCUAUAAUCCAGGGUGGAGAAAUCACCCAAAUUUUAGGUGGAGACAGCAGGAACCAGGGAUGUACGCGCCGAAUCCGCCGCAGGCUGGACAGUAUGCCCAUACCGCACGUCCUGCACCGAGUUCUGCACCCAAUAUGAGCGAUAUCAUGAAGAGCCUCGCCCAGAGCAGUGAAAUUGUGAAGAAUUUGGUGCAAAGUCAGCAGGCAUUCCAGCAUGAAACCCAGGCAGCGUUGAGUAAUAUGGGCACACAGAUCACGCAGUUAGCCACUCAGGUGAACAAGCUGCAGGCGAAUCAAGACCGACUUCCUUCUGUCACGGAGAUGAAUCCCAAGGAAAAUGCAAGUGCUGUAACUACAAGAAGUGGGAGAAUUCUAGCUGAGCCACAGCCUAAGCAGCAGGACAAAGAAAAGCCCGAUGAAGCCAAGGACGAUGCAAUUAGUGAGAAGUCACCAGAAUCCACCGAGCCUAUCUCUUCUAAGGUAAGUGGAAAACCUAAGGUUUCAAUUCCUCAAUCACUGAUUGCACCACCUUUUCCUUCUAGGUUGGCUCAGAACAAGAGAAUUGAAGAAGAGAAGGAUAUUCUGGAAAUCUUCAAGAAGGUAGAAAUAAACUUGCCCUUGCUUGAUGCAAUUAAGCAAGUUCCCAGGUACGCAAAGUUUUUAAAAGAGUUAUGCUCUAAGAAAAUGAAGUUUGGGAAUGAUGCGAGAAUUCGAGUGAGUGAGAAUGUUUCUGCUGUUCUUCAAAGAAAAUUACCCCAAAAGUGUCGAGAUCCUGGUAUGUUCACCAUUCCAUGCAUUAUAGGUAAUAAGACUGUUGAGAGAGCCAUGCUAGAUUUAGGAGCAUCCAUAAAUGUCAUGCCUUAUUCUGUGUAUAAGGAUUUGCAAUUAGGACCUUUGAAAGACACUCGUGUUAUCAUUCAGUUAGCUGAUAGGUCUACUGCAUAUCCCGAAGGUGUUGUUGAGGAUGUCCUUGUCAAGGUCAAUGAUUUGAUUUUUCCUGUGGAUUUUUAUAUUGUUGAUAUGGAUGAUUCUGCCUCUGCUAAGCAAUCCUUGAUUCUUUUAGGGAGACCAUUCAUGAAAACUGCUAAGGCAAAAAUUGAUGUGGAUAGUGGAAUGCUUAGCCUUGAAUUUGAUGGAGAUAUUGUCACAUUUAAUAUUUUUGAGGCUAUGAAGCAUGUUGAGGAUCCUGAAUCUGUGUUCAUGAUUGAUGUUAUUGAUCCUUUGGUUGAGGAAUUUGUUGAGAAUUUCAGGGAGGAUGAGCUUGAGCGGGUUAUUUUCAGUUCCCUAACUGAAGAGAACACCAAAACUGAGGAGAAUGAAGACAUUAAAGAGAUUAUUAUGCAGCUGUACUCAACGGAGGAAAUUCCAGUUCGCCACUUGUCGAGCAGGAUGCCCAUACCGACCAGCACAUAA